AUGGACUUUAUUCUUCGUGCGCUGGCGCUCAAAGAGGCAUAUUAUCCAAGUGAAGGCAGCCGCAAUCAGAUCGGCACUAUCGCAAAGAGCGAGGAUCCCCAGAGCAGUUUAGCAAUAAUAUUAGAACUAGUCCAAGACUGGAGCACAAACUCACACCGCUUCGUCCUCGAGCUUCUUCACAAUGCCGACGAGAACACGUACGACGAUGCCGACCCGACGCUCACCAUGACCCACACGGCCGACGGGCACUUCCGGCUUCACUGCAACGAGCGAGGCUUUUCGGCCAAGGAUGUCGAUGCUGUCUGCGACAACAACAGCAGCGCAAAGGCCGCCCUGCGCACGGCUACCGGCGAGAAGGGCGUUGGCUUCAAGGCCGUCUUUCGCGUUGCCCACACCGUCUGGGUCGUAUCAGACCCCUACCGGUUCAAGAUCCGUCGCUCGUCGCUGAAGCCCGAAGUCUCUCUGGCCCCAUUUCCCGACGGGAGCAACACUGAGGAUGGCGGCACGUACAUGUAUCUGGAAAUAAUCCCGGAGCGCAAACACGAUGUCCGCACUGCUCUGGCCCACUUCGAACCGGCCAACCUCAUCUUUCUCAAGAAGCUCAAGCACAUCAACACCACCGUGGAUGGCGUUCGGAAAACGCUGUUCCUCCGGUCCGAGGACUUUGUCGGCAACCAUGUCAGUCACAUCAGGAUCAUCCGAAAUCGCGCGACGCUUCUCUGCUACAAGCAGUUCUGCUUCCACGUGAACCUCUCUGUGGCGAGAUCUAGUCACCAAGACGAGACCGACUCGAUCAUCAAGCUAGCCUUCCCCGUUAGUGAGGACUUUCAGGAGGUCGUCUGCCGAGACGAGAAAGCAGAAGACAUUCACGGCGACUCCGAGUGGAAUCGACAGCUUCGCGAACUAAUCUCGGACAAGUUUGUCGAAGCAAUCGAGCUGCUCAACAAGGAAGAUUCGCAGCUAUGCUAUUCCUGGCCCUUGCUCCUCUAUUGGGCGUCGAGCUCCGGGCAUUUCUUCCAGAGCAUCAUGUAUGAGAUUCUCGACAAGCUAAGGCCGUGCCUUGUUCUGCGGACAGAUGUCGGGAGGCUUGUGUGUCCGGAAGACGAAACGCUUGUCCGAUUUCCAGCGAAAUGGCGGUUUGGGCCAAACCGAGAGCUGCCGGUCCCGAGCAUUGUCGCCAGGUCUACCUACUUGUCGCACGAGUACGAUGAUCGAUGCUCUGAGCUAAUCGGACUCAUCGGCGUCCAAGAGAUUGAACCGAUUCGGUUUUGGGGCGACUUGCGCACCUUUACAAGAUCUGCCGAAUUCGCACUGCAAGACGAGGACUGGCACAUCCAUCUCGCAGAUCUGCUCAACAACGACAGCGAACUAUGUCUAUACUCGAAAAGUCUCGACAUCAUCCCCGUGGAGGGUGGGGUUGCUCCGUGGAUAUCGUCCCUCAGUGGUCGGAACAACAUCUUUUUCGCCACCGAAAGGGACGGCAGCACCAGCUUGCUGCCUCAAGGUGUCGGGCUGUUGAUGAUUCCAGAAGCUGCGACUCGGGAUGAGCGGAGGAAAAGAUUGUUUGAAACAUACGGCGCCAAGUACGUAUCUGAGGAAACUCGCAUGAUUGCGGAAACGAUCAAGGAAAAGCAUGCCAGUGCCAACCUGAAGCGCGCCAACUUCUCUCAAUGGACCACCAAGGAUUUGGUGUCGCACCUCUCGUUUCUUUUUCGGAACAGAACGAGGGUCUCGAUCCCGAAAGAUGUUUGGGUCGCCACCAACGAAACCCCCCAACUCGCAUCCGAGACCUUUGCCAGGCCCCUUGAGAUGGGCGGCUAUCGUCUCUCUGUUUCUGCUCUUCAUAGCAGUUACAAGACCGAAUUUCCUGAUAAAGAAGGUGACGACUUUCUGGACUGGAUGGAGAAGGUUUUCAAUAUGCCAAAAUCUGCACGCCUUGCCGUAUCUGACGGCAUUUGUCUGUCCCUUUCGCCUGAGAUGGCAUAUGUGGCUCAGAAGUGCAACUCCAGCGAGUUUCUAAACUUGCUUCGCCAACACUGGGGAAAAUACUCCGACGUCCUGACGCCGGACAAGCCUGGUUUUCAGAAAAAACUAUGGGAUGAGAUCGUCAACACUAAAAUACGCUGCCAAGACUCGCAAUAUCGCCCAUUGAAAGAGACGCUCUUGCCAUCAACCGGUCUGUACAAUCUCACUGAUGUUGUGGUCUUUCCUUUUCUGCCAAUACAGAUCAGUUCCAGACACGACUGGGAUUUUCUUCCCAUUUUGGGGGUGAAGUCACGAGCAGCCGUUGGAGAUUGGCUGCGGUGCCUGUCAUCCCUCAAGGAUACGUCAAGUACGGAUGACGUCCGGAUGCACAAGCGGAUCGGAUCCGUGUACACAGAACUCCUAUUCUAUUGCCAGAGAACAGAGGAUCGGAGUAAAGCACAAGACGAUGUAAAGUAUGCCACUGCAUUUCCGCUUUUUAAGCACGUUCAGAGCCUGAAUGAUCUGCCCACUGACUUCUUGAAUAGAGCUCGAUUCCAGGCCGAAGAGUUGAUAUUUCUCCCUGCCUCCUUUGGCCGGACAGCCACGUGGGUUCGCGCAGACCAGUGCAUCUGGUAUGGGACUCGCGAUUUCCGCCCGCGUUACGUGUUUCAACUUGCGGACUACUACCAUACAAGCUACUAUCGGUUCUUUGUGCAAGUGCUCGGCAUUGAUGAGCAUUGGAACUUGAGUCGACUACGAUACGAAGCUGAGCAUCUAGCUGGCGUCGACAUGGCCAGCUUUGCAACAGAGGAUUCACUGAGCUAUAUAGCCAGCCUUCUCGCCGAGAUGGACAUCAGAAUUCGAGACUUGGACAAACAGGGUCUGGACAAGGACGAGUACCUAGAACCGCUCAAGCGGAUUCCAAUGCUGCCAAUCCGGCCGGCAAACUCGACACGAUGUUUUACCAAGCUCGCUACUGCAGCAGGCGUCGACGAGUGGUUCAUUGCAGACCGUGAUAUUUUGCACAAUGCCUUUCUCACAAGCGUACCCCUGCUUGCCCCUGCUCUCAGACACACGGUGAACCUCGAUGCUCUACUCUCAGCUCUUGGGCUGGAGAAACGACGGCUGUCAAGAACUAGCCUGACAAUCUCCCGAACAGAUCCAAAGGAGACGGGCAAAAAGGAGAAGGAAAGUAAAAAAGACAAAGAGGGCAACAAAAAGGACUCAAAGGAAAGCACCAAAUAUACCGCCUGGUGGAGGGAAAGGGCCGUAUACAUUGAUCGGUAG